UCGGAAUAACUACCAUUCCGACUGGACAAGCAGUCUUGGACGCUAGCAAGUUGAGUAAUAAUUAUUAAAUUUAAAAUGGUGCAAGUAAAAGUGAAGCAAGGGAUCUUAGAGGGAGAAAUUCUUGACUUGGUUACUGGUGAUGGGCAGUAUUACAGUUUUAAAGGAGUUCCUUAUGCGGCGCCGCCGGUCGGCAAGUUGCGAUUCAAGGCGCCUGAACCUCCUUUACCAUGGACCGGAGUACGGAAAGCGACAGAGCACGGUCUGAUGUGCCCUCAGCAAGACCUCUUCUCUAACCUUAUCAGAAUUGGCAGCUCGGAAGACUGCCUCUAUUUGAACGUCUAUUCCCCAAAUCUCAAACCAGACAAACCAUUACCGGUCAUGUUCUUCAUCCAUGGAGGUGGAUAUAAAAGCGGCUCAGGAAAUGUCGAACAUUAUGGUCCAGAUUUCUUAGUCAACCAUAACGUUGUCUUAGUAACCAUCAAUUAUAGGCUUGAAGCCUUUGGCUUUCUCUGUCUUGACACACCAGACGUGCCCGGUAAUGCUGGGCUGAAAGAUCAGGUGGCGGCACUGAAAUGGGUCAACGAAAAUAUUUCCCAAUUCGGUGGAGACCCAAAGAAUGUUACAGUUUUUGGCGAAAGUGCCGGAGGUGCUUCGACUUGCUUCCAUAUUCUGUCUCCAAUGUCCAAAGGCCUAUUCCAAAGAGCCAUACCUAUGAGCGGUGUACCCGUGUGCGACUGGUCGUUACCAUUUGAACCAAGAAAACGAGCAUUUGUUCUUGGUAAAAUCCUUGGUUUCGACACCAAAGAUGAUGCUAAACUACUUGAAUUCCUCCAAAGCGUGCCGGCAGAGAAACUUAUUCACCAGGAUCCUACAAUCUUGAGUUUGGAAGAGGUUAACAAUAACAUUCUAAAAAUGUAUCAUUUCACGCCAGUCGUGGAGAAAGAUUUUGGCAAGAAUCACUUCCUGACAGACACCCCAUGGAAUGUUUUACGUAGUGGUAAAAUAAAUGAUGUGGACGUUCUAAUAGGAUACACAGAUGCCGAAGGUUUAAUAGGAGUUCCGUUCUUCGAAUCGGCACUCAUUGCGCAUUAUGAUAGAUUCAAUGAAACGUUUGUACCUAGAGAUAUUUUGAAUCGAGUUCCACCUGUGAAAUAUUUGGAAAUCGCUGAAAAGAUUAAGAAACACUACUUCGGCGAGAAAUCUGUAAAUAAUGAAACUAUGAAAGAGUUUGUCAAAUAUUCAUCUGAAUCUGUAUUUUCAUACAAUAUAUACAGAUUCUUAAAACGAUUUCCUAAAGGCUCUGGUAAAAUAUACCAAUACAGAUUGUCUUGUGUCUCCGAGAGAAAUAUAUACGGGAUGAACAAGUAUGGAAUUUCAGGAGCAGCUCACUUGGAUGACCUGAUGUAUCUGUUUGACGCUAAGCAUGCCGAGCUACCGAUUGAUAAGAAUGGGAAAGCUUACAAAAUGAUACAACAGACUUGCACCCUGUUUACAAAUUUUGCUAAAUAUGGAAAUCCUACUCAGACCGUACCAAACGUAGAAUGGAAACAGUUUGAUGAUAACGAGAGCUUCUUGGAUAUCGGCGAGACGCUGACUCCAGGCAAUCACCUCGAUAAUGACGUCGUAGACUUUUGGAAAAGUAUCUACGAAUACGCUGGUGUUCCAUUUUAUCAAUAAAAUGUCAAAUAAUCAUUUAAAUAAAAAUUUGAAUUACUUUAAAUCAAAAUAUAAAUUAUUUUAAAUCAAAAUUUGAAUUAUUUUAAAUCAAAAUUUGAAUUACUUUAAAUCAAAAUUUGAAUUGUCUCAAAUCAAAAUUUGAAUUGUCUCAAACCAAAAUUUGAAUUGUUUCAAAUCGACAUUAGAAUUUUAAUUCUAAUGUCAUAUAGAUUUACAACAUACAUUAAUUAUAAUUUUUACAAGAUUUGUUCAAAAAUUUAAUUAUCUGUAAAUUUUAUUCGCCUUAUAUUUGAGGUAAAUAGUGUGAAGAAAUAACACUAACAAAAAGGCCGCCUAUUUUUAUGUAAUUUAAUUUGUUCAAAUAAAUAUUUUAUGUUGAC